AUACAGAAGCCCAUAACCAAAGAGAGAGAGAGAGCGGGGCACCCACGCAGGGAACACAACUGAAGAAAAGAAGCAGGGGGUAAACAAAGAGAAACGAAACCCAGAAUCUAGAGGAAAAGAGAGCAAAAAACUGUUAUAGCAUAUGAAUAGCAUACCAUAACAACAACAUAGAAACACAGAAAGAGAAAGUACUUCCCCAAAACCAUAUAUUAUAUAUACAUAUACAUAGUUUUGUGUAUAUCUAAGAUUGUUGUUCUCUCUUUUUUGUAUUAUAUUCAUCUGAGAGAGAUCUUGUCCUUCUACAAUGUCUACCUUGUAGCGGACUAGGGUUUCAUUGGAUCAUAAUUGGGACACUUGCUGAAUUUGGAAAAUUCACGAUUGAUUAGGGUUUCAAUCAGAGGGUGUCACUGAAGGGAAGACCGUGAUUGUUCCUUCUCUGUGUGGGUAUGCAUGCAAUGGACAUCGGUUCUGACCUCUUAAGUGAUUCAAAUUGUGGAUUUAGAACUGCUACAAUGGUGGAGCAUUUGCUCUUGGAGAUUUCUUAGAAUGGUGUUCAACAUUGCUUCUUUGAGCAUGGAAGAAGAUUGUUUAUAUUGUCAGUAGAGAUCAAGAUUUGGAGAACCCUUUUUGGACACCGUACAAAACCCUUUUGGGUCUUCAUUUUUGGUGUUUUCUUCUGUGUUUUUCGUCUUUGCCUGGGGAUGAUUUUGGUUUUGGGCUUGGACACAACGAGAAAGCUAAUGAUUCUUUGUUGGCUCUCAAGAAAACAAAGAGUAUCUGAUUUUAGUGGUCCAUUUUCGUUUCUGAAGCAGCCCUUUGAAUUGACAUAGUUACUCUGAGCUUAAUACUGUAUCAUAGUGCUCGUAAACAUAUACUGAUUGGGAUUAUUGUUGAAUCAUUUUUUGACUAUAAGUAGUUAGACUGAGAGGUUGCUGUCCUGUGCAUUAAUUUUGAAUCAAUUUUCCAGUGAUAUCGUUUGAAUAUUUUAGUGAAGAGUUGUAAACACCGGUGGUUUCCACUUUCCACAAUUUGUGUUUGUUAUUGGAAGAGGCUUAUGGAGAAAUAUUAAAAUUGGAAAUGAAUGAGGUGACAUGGUGCAUGGACAAGAGCAUAGUUGUUGGUUUGUUCCCUUUUUGGAACAGUGCUACUGGAAACUGAUUGAAGCACUCUCAAUUUUAGAAGGAUUUUACACUAGGCAUAUCUGGAUUUUGUGCAAUGUCGCGCUGUUUUCCAUUUCUACCACCAGCAUAUGAAAAGAAGGCUAGAGUGGAUGAAGUGAACUUGUUAAAAAAGGAAAAGCAGAAAGGAAAAAAACAUAAGAAAGAUAAGAGGGAAAGCAAGGAAAAGAAAGAGAAAGAAGGAAGGGAUGGAAAGAAUAAGGAAAAGAAGGACAAAAGGGACAAAAAGGAAAAACACAGAGAAAAGAAAAAAGACAAGGACAAGAGCAGAGGUAGAGAUAAAAGUAAAAUUGGUACAGCGGAUGACAAAGGAUUUCCAGUACAAGCUGAGGGUCCCAAUGCAGGCAAACUUCAUCAAAAGGAAAUUAAGCAAAGCGAUAAGGGUAUCUUGUUUGAGAACAAACCUGCCAAACAGUAUACCAGUAACAAUGGAGAGAAGGCAAGAGAGAAUAAUCAUCUGGCAGAGGAGAACAAGGAUAGGAAAUUCCUGCUGGAGUUGGACAGGAGGAUUAGGGAUGUUAAUGGAGGAGCUGGCAACCAAUUGGUUCAGAAGUUUACAAAUACAGACUGUAGAAAGGAUGAGGGGACUGUUAGGGUGGUGGCUAAAGGUUGUGGCACCUGGCCUGACAGAAAUGAAAAACUCAUGGAUAAGGGUCUUCAUGGUAAGAAGAUUAAUGGUAGAGGAAUGUGGGCUGAAGUCCCUCCUCUUGGAAAUGCAACGGUUCAGAAUCAUGCUGGAAAGUUUCAUCCUAGCAUUGAUGGAAUGCCAAAACUUUUGGGGAAGUAUUUUAACAAAAACUUGGAAGCAACAAUUGAAGGGGAAGAAAAGGCUAAGGGAAAGACGGAAGAAGGAAAAGAAAUGGCUAAGGAAAAGAAAGAUGAAGGAGAAGGACAGGUUAAGGAAAAAAAAGGUGAACGAAAGGAAAAGAAGGAAGACAAACGGGGAGACAAAAGGAAAGAUAAAGAGAAGGAGAAGAAAGGGCAUGGGAAGGACAAAGACGGGGAUAAAGAGAAGAAGGAAAACAAAGCUAAGGAGCAGCAUGAACUUGAGCCCACAGAGCAUAAUAAAUUAUACGGAAGUGACAUAAUUGGACCUAUAGAUUCAAAUUCUUUCACACAGGUUUCCAGGAACAACCAUGAGAUUGCUAUUAAUGGGAAAAUUAUCAAGAAACGGAAGGACAUUGAGUCAAAUGGAGUUCCAUAUGCUGAUGACAUGCGGCCCAGUAAGUUUCCAAGAUUGUUUUCAUCACUUCCACUCACUGAAAAUGGAAGGGUAUUGGAACCUUGCCAAAUUUCCAUUACAAAUGCUUCAGAUACGUCAGGAGUAGCCACCAGUGUUAAGAUAGAAAAUGAGGAAUGCAAGAUAAAUGGCAUCAUUGAAGCUCAACCUUCUGCAUUUUCUUCAAACAAGACUCACAGUGCUACUGUGCCUGCUGAUCCGAUAACUGAAACAUCCGCAAAGCCACCCCAUCCAGAUAACAAGUACCUAAGCCAGGUAUAUUCAGUACCAAAGGUGGAGCAGUGGUCUGUUUUGGAUGAUCAAGAAUGGUUAUUUGGCAGAAGUGUUUCACAAGAUAGAAAACUUGCGGAAUCUUCAGAGCAUGGGGAGACACUGCAGGUAUGGGCAGAAGCUCUGCACAUAGAGCCAGCAGAUGUUUUUGCCCUGCCAUAUGUGAUUCCAUACUGAUUGAUUAUUUAAUCAUCACACGAUACUUCAAUUAUAUCUGCACAAGGAACCCUCCUUUGUCACCUUGCUCACAUCAGGAACUGCAACACUUGGGGGCUAGAGAAUGAUUCCAAAUUUCUUGAUGCAUUCUUUUGUUACUUUCACUCUUGGAACGAGUAAUGAGUGACUGAUAGCCUCGAUCGUCAACUGUUUGUAUGGGUGGUGACUGGUGUUGGACUUAUUUUUUGCUGCAGGCCAGGUUGGGGGUGCCACUUCACAUCUAGUGCUUCAUUUCAUUGUAAUUCAUUUAGACAGAAAAUACUUUUGUACACAGGUUGUGGAGAAGGGUAGAGGCAGAGACUUGUGCAACUUGUUUAUUCUAUUUUUGCUGGGAGCUCAGCAAGCAGCUCCUUCUAAUUGAGAAUGAUAAAAUGUAAGUGAAACUAUAUGUGGUCUUUGCAACUCCACCACAAUUUUGAUUUGUAACAUAGGACCCUUGUUUACAAGAAUAUGUAUAAUAGAGAAGAAAAAAAAAAGUUUAUCGGAU